AUGUCGAGUCUUCGUCUCCCUGCAGCGUUGCUGUUGGGUGCGUGCGUGCGCGGCUUCCUGUAUGCGUUGCCAGGUCUUCACGCAACCUUUUCGUCCCGACCUGAGCUUAUUACGCCGAUCUCUUCUUUUUACCGCUUUCGAGAAGGCGCAUUCCUUUUCCAAACUACUGGAUCACCCUACUCCGGAGACGUUUAUCAUCAGCCUGCGCUGCUCUUCGCACUGCUGUAUCCACUGCUUCAGGUGCCUCCAGCGUAUGCUCAAUAUGCUGUAUUAUGUGCAGUGUUUAUUGCUGUUGACAUACUGCUCGCCGUGGGCUUCGCUCGCCUUUGCAAAAGAAAUUUAAAGCUAGAGGAAGGACGUCGCUUCUAUGUCGGGACGGAAGAGAUCUGGCUUACCCGCGUGCCCGUCUCGCCACUUUUUAAACCAGACAAUUUACCUACAACAGUGGCAUUUAUCGCUUUGAUGAAUCCUUAUUCUCUGGCAUCAACUAUUGCCAUGUCCUCAACAGUAUUCACACACAUGGCGAUGCUUUACAGCUUGGUUUUUGCCUCGGAAGGUGCCAUAGCUGCAUCCAUGAUGUGUGUGGCAGUAGGCACGUAUCUGUCAGUGUAUCCAUUCGUCUUGAUGGUGCCCAUCGUGCUGAUGCUGCGCACAGUGAAACCGAUACCGGUCAUGCCUUUGAUUCUUAAGUGUUUCGCGAUGUUUAGUUUUUGGUUGAGCAUAUUGUUGUACUUAUCGUGGAAUCUGAGUGGCGGCUGGGAAUUCUUUCAGGAAACAUAUGUGUGGGUAGCAAUGUAUUCAGACUUGACCCCAAACAUAGGCAUUUUCUGGUAUUUCUUCACGGAAGUUUUCGACCGGUUUAUCCCAUAUUUUCUCUUCGUAUUGCAUCUGCACCCACUUAUUUAUGUUGCCCCGAUAUAUCUCCGCUUAGCACACCGACCUCAAGCCUAUGCUUGUGUUUUAAUUGGCAUCUUUUCUCUAUUCCAAGCGUACCCUUCUUUUGGUGACUUUGGAUUUUUUCUCACAAUGCUAGCUUUGCACCCGAAAUCAAUCAUGAUGAUCGAAAAUCGGUUUCUCUACGUACUUGGUUUGGGAGUUGCAACAUGUAUGUUACCCGUCAUGUGGUUUCUUUGGCUAUUUCCAGCUUCUGGAAACGCGAACUUCUUUUACAAUCAGACGUUGGUUUACCAAAUUUUUAAUUCCCAGCUGAUCACAGCGUUCGUAGGAGCGACUAUGAAGCGUGACAAGGUUGUAGAAAUAUACAAAACAAAAUGUUUGAAAGAAAAGACAAAAGCAGGAUAG